AUGGCCGCCAGUAAACCCAAAUAUCCACUGGGCUCCCCUCAAGAGCACAUUGAAAUGUGUAAAACCCACGAUUUACCUAUUGAUGUUAUAUGUGAGGACUGUGAUGAAUUUAUUUGUGCCACGUGUGCCAAAACAGAUCAUAGAGAUCACGAAUGGAACACUCUACCCACGGCAGCCAAUGAAAUGAGGAGAGGACUGCUUAAAUUUCUGACAAAGAUCAAGGAAGGAGAUCUGCCUCGGAUUGAUGAAAAGAUAGAGAAGGUUUCAAAACAGGUCAGAAAAAAUAAAGACCUGUGUGACUCUGAGAUUAAAAUGCUUCAUAAACAUUUCGAUAAGAUAAUGGCCAAAUUAACAGAAAUCAUGAAAGAUAAUGAACGAAGACUGACAGAGGAAUUGGACGUGAAAAAUAAAAAGUUGAACAGUGAGAAAUCUAAGCUAAAUAAAAAGAAAAAAGAAAUGGAAGAGAUGAUAGAGUUUAUGGAGGAUAACAAGAGUACCAUGUCAGAUUACAGCUUCAUUGAUAACCACAGGGAACUGACAAAAAAGAUGUCUGGGCUGGAUCUAGAUGUUGAAAUGAAAAGCUGUAAACAUUCUGUGAGAUACAGUAAAGGAGAAAUCAGUGAUGAGGUUCUGAAGAAUAUGAUUGGAGAAAUUCUGGAUGUAAACAAUAUAAGUCUGACUGAAACAAACUCAUUUAUAUAUGGAGACAAAGUAAUAAUUGCAUUAAGGGUAUGGUGUGAAGAUCAUUGUUACAUAAGAGAAUUAGGGUCAGACAACCUUGAACAAGUAAACAGAUGUGGUGAAAUAAAACAUAAAUACAAUAUUAAAGCUAAUGACAUGUAUGUAAACCAUAAUAAUGGUGAUGUUAAUUUCACUGACUAUUAUCACAAAUCCAUUAGCUGUCUGUCACCAUCAGGGUCCGUCUCUACAGUCAUCAGUACAGAUCCACUGAUACCAGGAGGAAUCUGUCAGUCAGUGGACGGUGGAUUACUGCUCACCUUGUUGGAUGAGGAAUCAGAUCGUUACAAAUUAGAGUCACAGAGCAGACGUCUGGUGAGACACAUCACAGUGACAGGUGAUGUCAUCCAUGAGUAUGAGUACCAGGAGGACGGUCAAACCAGACUGUUUACGUCGCCAGUCAGAGUCACACAGAACAGAAACACUGAUAUCUGUGUUGUGAACCGCACAAGUGUCGCUACAGGUGAACUAGUGAUUAUGUCUCCCUCUGGUCACAUGAAGUAUGUCUACCGUGGACAGAACCAAGUAGACAAAUUUAAUCCAACUGAUGUAGUGUGUGACUACCUCUGUAACAUCCUUGUUACUGAUGUUGACAACAAACAGAUCCAUCUACUGAGUCCUGACGGGGAGUUCCUAAAGUUUUUACUGACAGAGAAUGAAAUGAACAGUCCAUUCAGAUUAUCACUUUACAAGUCAUUACUCUGGGUUGGAAACUACGUAGGACUUGUCAAAGUGUUUCAGUACAGAAUGCAAUAUACUUGA